UAGAGAAUGCAAGACUGCGGACGCCUAUAAAUGCAGACAAGAAACCGCCACGGUCAAACACCUAUUGUCGUCCUCACCGGUCCUCAAAGAAACACCACGCAGUUUAUCCGAGCUAGAUUUGAGGACGCAGGCUUUGGGAUUACACCAAGAUGCAGAGUAAUAAGGAAGGCGUUUAAUCUGGACCAGACCAAUCAGCUUCGACCAUCAAAGUGGUGAAGUGCAAAGAGAGUUGUGGCUGCUCCGAUCUUAGUGUGGCGUUGCGGGCUGUGGAGGCCCAACCCAGCCACAUCCCGCCAGAGGGGUUCCGUCGCUUCUGCAUUUCUCACGAGGGGUGACGCACCCAUUCCCGGUCCUUCUCUUCCAUCCGUCUCCCGUCUCCAAUCUCCAGUCUCAGCAAGAGCGGUGCAUCGCGACUGCUGCCGCAGAGUUUUCAUGAUCGUGCCCGGCCUCUGUGAGAAUUAUUUCUAGCGCUUUACUGCUUGUUGCUCCUCAGCUCAGGUUGCUCCCUGCGUUCGGGUUCAUUGGCGACAUUGUAGGGCGCGCCCACUGAACCUACUGCUGUUUUUCCCGGAGCACCCAACAGUGGCUGUGGAUAUUGUCGCCUGGCUCCUAUCGCCAGUAUCUAUCUCCUCGGCGCUCUCCAGCAGGUGUUUUCGCUUCCAAGUCGUAUUUUCUUCUUUUCUGUCUUUCACUGGCAUUUCGCGGCGCGCACGUCUUUUAAUCUUUUGCAAGCAACCAGCUGGGUCAUCACUGCGUGAAGACCCCGCUGUCCUUUCUUGAGUAAAGAAAAAGCGUCGCUUUGGUGCCUGACCCAGCCUAUUCCACCUCUAUUGUGGCUGGUUCGACGGCGUUUUCUGGCUGCAUUUCGGCCGCCCAAGGAACAUUCUAUUGCGAGUGCCAUGCCAACCUGAUAAGAUACUACUAGUCAUCAUGGGCAGGGACAAGAAGAAGAAGGGCGCUGUUGCGACGGCUCCCACCGGAACUCAAGCCAAGAGCAGGCAUAAGAAAGAUCGCAAAGGAAAUCCUGUGGAUUGGGCGGCCCCUCUGCCCCCAGGUUUGGUUGCUAUUCCUGACAAGCCACAGCUCAGCAAGAAGUACAAGACAUGGUACGAGGCCGUCGAGAACAAGAACAAAAAGAAGAGGCUCGAAUUCGAGUUCACCCAAAACCGACAACCUCCCCCGGGCAUGGAAUUUGUUCCUAUUGGGAACCCCGCCCUGACGACUCUCUGUAAGGAGCUGUCUCGAGAGCGCGAUGCUAUGAUUUUCAUCGUGACGUCAAUGAAUGGUGUAUUCUCGGCAGCCUUAAGCUUUCACCUCAACCGUGUGGGCCACCACUUCCGGGAGUCAAUUGUGGAAGAAGCUCGCAAAACUCUUGGGGAUGAUCAGCUGGUUGGUACCAGUGCUCAGCUGGGCCUUCCUGAACCCAUCCCGGAGAGACAAGAAGACAUCACCAAGCAAGCUGACGCAGCUAUAAGAGAUCUGUUUCCGCGCAUUCCUCAUACCGACCGCCAGAUGAUUCUGGAUCAUGCGUUUAACAAGUCGAGGGUCGCACAGGGCAAAGACUCUAUUCCGGUUGGCCUUGCUGCCGACAUAACCUUGUCACGCCGAGUUCAGCUCGCUGUCUUGGCCCAUAUCCGCCAUAACCAUACUCGGUAUGAUAAGCUGCUCAAAGAGACAUCUUGGGUCAAUGCGAGAAAAGCCGUCGAGUCCCUCUGCCUCGACUACCUCAACCAAACUGCCGCCCACCCUGCGGUUCGGCAGGUUGCUGAGCAGCCUCGCGGGGACUAUGGUCCCCGCGUGGCCCACCCAGAGCGCAGCGCCAUCAAGAAAACUCAACAGAAAGAUCGCAAAGCUGCCAAGUGGGCACAGCGCGGGUUCAGUCGCUAUCAAGCGGCCCGCGACGUGGCUUGGAAUGAGGCUGUGGAGCGUCAACGACGUGCACCAGAAGAAUCCGUAACUUCUGCAGCUCCAAUGGCCAAUGGUAGGUCUGCCAGCCGUGGCCCGUUACGCCUCGAAUACUCAACUCGGUUGGGAUCUGAUCUUUCUACAGCUCGCAGUCCACAGGAGCGGGUAUAUUAUUCUCAAACUCCCCUCGACCUCCACAACGGGUUCCAAGAGGCUUUGAGCCGGCUUGGCUACACCGAUGUAGCGCAGCGUAUCUCUACUGCCACCGGUAGUCAUGCUCCAGAGGCGCCACGCCCUUACAAGAUUGCAGUUGAGAAUGAACGUGGACCUAUAGUUGGGUCUCAUGCCUAUCCUGACCGUCAGGGUGACCGGGCGAGUCACUAUCACAGCCAGGAACCCAAGGAGCAUGUUUUACAGUCGAUCGAGCCUGCCUCUCCCUCACGACUGACUGCGAAGCAACAUCCCUCCGCGUUUGAGUCUGCUCCGAUGGGAUACAUGACACAUCGUGCUGAAGACUCCUACAGCAGGCCCACUGAGGCGCGCGGAUACCGGACACCGGGCGGUGAGGAAGGCUUCGUCAGACUACCUCCGCGGUCUGAACAGAACUGGAUCCCCGGCGGACCUGCUGAUUCGAGUUUGCACCGCUUAACAACAUACCAGGAUAUUGUUCCACGCCAUGAUGGCGUGGCGCACCUUAGGUCAGAGGCAAGACCCGUUUAUGUCGAGGACAGCGGGCUAGUCCGUAGGUCGGAAGCCCGUCCCAUCUACAUUGAAGGCCCCUCAGCGCCUACGCCGCAUCAUUGGGCAGAGCCUAUACGUCCACAGCCCGCCGGUCGUUCUUACACCGUCAGAGGGACUGCCGAUGUUCGCCCAGCUGUUCCUAUGGAUACUGUGAGGCAUGAUAGUCGGUUUGAUGAGGAUAGGAAUCAGCCCAUGGACCGUUUGCGAGGAGAUUUUAUAGAGAUUGUUCGCCUCUCCAACAACUUCCCAAGGCGACAUGAGCUGAGCCCAAUUCCGGUUGACACCGGCGAAUUUGACGCACGCCCUGUGCCUGUCAAUCAUCCGUCCCGGCGAUACGAGCGAGUUGUGGCUGUCGAAAGGCCAGGCUACUUACAAGAGCAUGCUGGCCGUGUUCCAGUCUAUGAGCAAGCUGAUUUCAUCCGUCUGCCGCAGCGACCGGAGCGUCAGGAACGUGUUGUUGGGUAUCAAUAUUACCCAGCUCAUCCAGGUUACGACCAAGUCGCCACAUAUGAAGCUGACCGCCCGCAUCAACCCUAUGGAACGGCUACUCCCAUGGCGUAUCCUGGCGCUGAAAAUCAACAGCCACGCUUUGUGCGGCGAGUCCCAAGACAUGACGAAAUAAUCGCGAUCGAUUAA